UGGACAGAAGUGCAUGUCGCAGCGAGAGUGACCAGGAAUAUUUGCUAAUCUUGGGAGUACUAACACCGUGGAUGUUUAUGGAAAUUAUGAGGAAAUCUUGAAAUGACAUUGUGACAUGGUAGCACUUCCGAAAGUGUGGAUAACUAUCACUGCAUCAUUGAUGAAUACGACCAGAACGGGUUUCAGGAGUAGCUUCUGCUGCAUUCAUAAACACUUCUUUAGGACUCACAACAAGCCCUGAGCUUUGUUUUGGGGGGUGACAAGUAGCCACAUAGGCUACUCCUGUUGUGCACGUGGGUUAACAAUGGCUGGAAAAGGUAAAAUGAAUAUAGAGCAUCUCGACGGAGUUGUCAGGCUCCAACAGGAACAUGAGAAGGUGGUGAAAGACUGUGAAAGUCGGAUUCAGCACUGGAAGAAGGUGUCAGGUGACUAUGAAGCCCUGAAUGACUGCCUUCACACUCUUCCAGACCAACUGUCUUAUGACAUCAUGGUGCCGUUUGGCCCUUUGGCCUUUAUGCCUGGGAAGCUGGUGCACACCAACGAGGUCAGAGCAUUGCUUGGUGACAACUGGUUCGCUAAAUGCUCUGCCAAGCAGGCUCAAAAAAUUGUCAACCACAGGAUGAAACAUGUGAAGAGAGAACUAGAUGAUCUGUCAAAGACGAUGAAAAACUUUGAAGCCAGAGUUGGGUUUGUGAAGGAUGUGGAAACUCUGUCAACUAGUGAAGGAGACUACGUUGACAUUCGAGAAAAGGCCGGAAACAAUGUUGUCACCAAAGGAAAGCAAAGAAUAGCUCACAAACCAAAUUCUAAGCCCAAAUUGGAUGCUGUGUUGGAUCGAAAAGAGGAGGACGAGGAGAAUGAAGGCGAGGGUAGAGAUGGAGAGAGGAGAAGAGGCAUUGUGACUGAGGCAGAGCUGUGGGCUCGGUUGGAUGAACUUGAGAAACUCGAGGAGCUACAAGAUGAGCAGGACAGAUUAUCUGAUCACGCAGACAUGAAUGGUGAGGACACGUCAUCCUUUUCCUCAGAAGAGGAGAAGGAGGAAGAUGCAGCACCUCCGGUAAAUGGACUGAGUCUGAAGCCGAGGUGGACCUCCAUGCCUCACAGCAAAGUGCCACCCAGUGUAGACAAGAAAGAGGAAGGAGAUGAUGAGGAAGAGGAAGGCAGCUGUUUGCCUACCAUCUUUUUUUCUCACACAGUUGAACCCAAGAAGGUGAGGAUAAACACAGGAAAAAACACAACACUGAAGUUCAGUGAAAGGAAAGAGCAGAAGGAACACUCAAAGCGGAAAAAGAAAAAUGGCCACAAUAACGGACACUCACAUCAUGAACACAAAAUUACAACACCAGCAGACAUUUACAGGUUGUUUGUGGACGUGAAGAACGGGGAGCCCAUCCCCAGGAAGUCCAUCCUGAAGUCACGUAGCCGAGAAAAUAGCGUGUGCAGUGACACGAGCGAGAGCAGCGCAGCAGACUUCGAAGAGCGGCGGAUGAUUGGACGCAGCCUCAGUCACGACGAGGCAACUCACAGCGACACCAGUGACGGCAUUACAGAGGAGGACAGUCCCACAGCGGUCCCACUGCACCCCACCAGCCGAUUUGAGGCUUUUUCAGGUACAGUGGUAGAAAAGGACCCGAUGCCUUCAGCUGUCCCCCAUCUGACCAUCACUCCACCAGCUCUGCCAACCAUAAUGGAGAGGAAACAGGACGAGGUGGCGCUUGACGGCCCACCACCCCAACAAGCCCCAAAAAGGGUGUCCAAGUUUAAAGCUGCCAGGUUGGAGAAAAAGUGACGAAGUAAUUAUAAGAUAUCCAUAUUUCACAAUAACUUGUCUAAUAAAAGUCUGUUUCUUUUCCACACCUGAUGGACAAAGUGCAGCCAAUCCUCUCCUCUCCUGUCCUCUCAUUUCAUAGGUCUUUCACUUCUAACCAUACAGGAUUUCUUUCAUUGAGUCAGACCGUCUAAUACUGCUUUUUAACAAGCUGUAUACUCCGGUGGCUCUGGCUUAUCUGCUCCUACUGUAUAAGUGGCACUGAACAGUUGUCCAUCAUUCUGUGUGGCCUCUUUUAACUGAUUGCUGUUUGUGAGAUAUUUACCUUUCUUCUGUGUCUCAGUUGAUCCAUGCUAUUAGGCAUGACUAGGCUUUGGAACUUGUGAUGAAUUGCCUUGUUUUGUUUCUUUUUCAAGUAUUGAUCAUUAAGCAAAAUCAGGUGCCGACUAGCUUUUGUUUUACCUUUUCCUAACCUGCCUAAUGAAUGUAUGUAUUCCUUUGUGACAAGCUUAUGUAAAGACAAAAAGGAUUCACGAGAAGUAAAAGGAACGAUUUU